AUGCCCGGCACUGCGAUUGAGAAGCCAAUCAAUGCACCCUUUGGUGAGGUGCCCGAGAGGCGUCCUCUGAGUGGCAGCCUGGAAGGAUGCACGUCCGGCUGCACCGAGCUGGCUUCCCCGCUCUUUCCCCACUUCAGCGUCAGCCUUGGCCCUGGGAACUGCAGCCUGUGCCUCCAAGCCGCGCGCUUCCUCCCGCCUCCAGCGGAGAAGGGCAGUGCGGCCAGGCCUAGCAAACCCUUCUUCUGGGGCCCCCAGCGGGAACAGGAAGGAAAGCGGCUGAGAUGCGCCCUAAGUGUCGCAUGGCUUGGAGAAAGGAGACCGGUCCGGGGCUCCCAGCGCUAUAAAAACUUUAUAAACCCCCCGGAGCCCGAGCAGUGUGAAGAAGAGGCGAGAGCGACCCCUGGACUGGCCAAAGCCGCGCGCCACUGCAUCCCCGUGUCCAGCGCCUACGUCCCGCCGCCGUCGCCACCAUGCCCAAGAGAAAGGCUGAAGGGGAUGCUAAAGGAGAUAAAACCAAGGUGAAGGAUGAACCACAGAGAAGAUCUGCCAGGUUAUCUGCUAAACCUGCUCCUCCAAAGCCAGAGCCCAAGCCUAAAAAGGCCCCUGCAAAGAAGGGAGAGAAGGUACCCAAAGGGAAAAAGGGGAAAGCUGAUGCUGGCAAGGAUGGGAAUAACCCUGCAGAAAACGGAGAUGCCAAAACAGACCAGGCACAGAAAGCUGAAGGUGCUGGAGAUGCCAAGUGAGUGUGCAUUUUUGAUAACUGUGUACUUCUGGUGACUGUACAGUUUGAAAUACUAUUUUUUAUCAAGUUUUAUAAAAAUGCAGAAUUUUGUUUUACUUUUUUUUUUUUUAAGCUAUGUUGUUAGCAUACAGAACACUUCAUUGUUGUUUUUUGGGGGAAGAGCACAUGUCACUAAUAGAUUGUCUCUGAAGCUGGAUUGAUGUGGGAAAAAAACACCUUUCCCUUCUGGUUUUGAGAGACUUCCUCUUGGUUCCCAGGAAGGAGGGGUUCCUUGAUGUUGACACACAGUAGCCACCUUGGCACAAACGCCUUGUGGUGUGGAAAAACUAAAAUUAGUUUUUAUGUCCUCUUCUCCCUCUCCACCUUCAGCAUAGACUUGACUCCCUUAAACCCAGAGACCUGUUGGAACCUGACCCCCCAAAAUUGGUUACCAGUAUGUCAGGCAAUCUGGACUUUGCAUUGUCACCAAUGAGAUGGCGUCCCUCAAAAGAGCAGCGGUUCCUUUUUUAGAUUGUGGAUCUUCAGAUUGAUACUUUUGCCAUUUUCAUUUCCAUUUCCUGAAAGUCAGGGUCGGCUUGUGAAAAGUUGUUAAACAACAUACUAAAUGUGAAAUGUCAGCCCUCACUCUAAACUUUCCCUGUUCAGAGCAUCACAUGAAGACUUCAUUGGGUUUUAUAGUGGCUUUCUGAUUUUGGUAGUCCAUUGCAAAAGGGAGUUUGAAAGUUGUUGUAUACUGUUAACGAUUGUCUGCCCAUGUCCUGCCUGAAAUACCAUGAUUGUUUAUGAAAAGUAUCUUUAAUAAAGCUGGAUACAGUUUGA